UCAUAGAAGCUAGAGGAGGGCUGGAAAUAGCCAAAUAAAUUAUCAACAUCCCAAAAAAAAAAAAAAAAGUCAAAAUAGAAGAUUCACAAUGGAAUUUGUGCACAUUUGAAACAUUAUGGAAUAAAGUAAAAAGAGAACAAUUACUGACUUAAACUCAUGAAUUACUAUACAUACAAAGCAGUGUCCUGUAAUACAGUAUAGAUGCUUAUCAAUCAUUUAAACCUCUGAAUUUCUAGCAGAAGCACCAUGUGCAGUGGAUGUAAUGCGCUGUUUGAUUUUGGAGGGGAGAUGAGAAUCUCAGAAAAAUAACACAGGACUGUUUACUUGGGAUUUAUCGUUUGCAAAAAGACAGUGGAAUAAAGGGGAAUUCAGCUGAAUCUUCUGGUGACUGCAAACAAAUCCUUAUGAGAGGAUGCUUGUAUCCAAUUUCUAGCCACUGACCGACGGAGGAUUAACACAAGUGCACUUUUUUAUUGAUACAUAUUCUUAUUUUUUUGUCUAUUUCUACGCUAUAUUUUCAUUAUUUUGUUUCCAUUUUUUGUUUGGAAAUGAUUGUGUUAUUUUUACUGUUCUGCGUUGUGGAUAGUGUUCUUUGCCAGCUUUCCUACAAGGUGCAGGAGGAAAGCGACCAUGGCACUUUCGUGGGGAAUAUCGCUGAGGAUUUGGGGAUGGACAUUACAAAACUUUCCAGUCGCAGGUUUCAAACAGCACCGAACUCAAGGACACCUUACUUGGAACUCAACUUGGAGAAUGGGGUGCUGUAUGUAAAAGAGAAGAUAGAUAGGGAGCACAUCUGCAAGCAGAGCCAGACCUGUCUACUGCACCUGGAGGUGUUUUUGGAAAACCCUCUGGAGUUUUUCCGAGUGGAGAUCGAGGUACUGGACAUUAAUGAUAACCCCCCGGUUUUCCCUGAGUCAGACAUCAAGGUAGAGAUCUCGGAGAGCGCCACCCCUGGUACCCGAUUCCCACUGGAGAGUGCCUACGACCCUGAUGUGGGCAACAACUCCCUGCGCACCUAUGAGAUCACAACCAACAGCUACUUCACCCUGGAUGUGCAAACACAAGGAGAUGGCAACAAGUUCGCCGAGUUGGUGCUGAAGAAACCUCUAGACAGGGAGCAGCAAGCUGCUCACAGAUAUGUCCUGACUGCUGUUGAUGGGGGGAUUCCCCAGAGGACUGGUACUGCUCUGCUCUCCAUCAAAGUGCUGGACUCUAACGACAAUGUACCCGUGUUUGAUCAGUCCGUGUACACAGUGUCACUACCUGAGAACUCACUGCCAGGAACCCUUGUUAUCCAACUCAAUGCCACCGACCAGGAUGAAGGUCAAAACGGAGAGGUGGUCUACUCGUUCAGUAGCCACAUCUCGCCUCGUGUCAGGGAGAUUUUUUCAAUUGAUUCUCGAACUGGUCGCAUUGAGAUAGCAGGAGAGUUGGACUACGAAGAAAGCAGUAUGUACCAAGUGUAUGUGCAGGCUAAGGAUCUGGGGCCAAACGCUGUACCCGCUCACUGCAAGGUGCUGGUGAAGGUGCUGGACCUCAAUGACAACGCACCAGAGAUCAGCUUCAGCACAGUGAAGGAUGCUGUGAGUGAGGGCGCCUCCCCGGGCACUGUGGUGGCCCUUUUUAGUGUUACAGACAAAGACUCUGAUGAGAACGGGCAGAUCCAUUGCGAGAUCCUGGAAGAUGUGCCAUUUCGGCUCAAGUCAUCCUACAAGAAUUACUACACUGUGGUGACAGACGGAGUCUUGGACCGGGAGGUGGCCCCUUCAUACACAGUCACUGUGCUCGCCAGAGACAAGGGCUCCCCUCCCCUCAGCUCCACCAAGUCCAUACAAGUGCAAGUGGCCGAUGUCAAUGAUAACUCGCCUCGAUUCACUCAAUUAGAAUACGAUGUGAAGGUUAUGGAGAACAACGUACCAGGGGCUUAUAUUUUUGCAGUGACUGCCACAGAUAAGGACGAAAAGGAAAAUGCUAAUAUAUCUUACCACAUCCUGGAGUGUGAUAUACAGGGCAUGUCAGUAAUUACCUAUGUGUCCAUCAAUUCUGAAAACGGCUACCUCUAUGCUCUGCGUACCUUUGAUUUUGAGCUGAUCAAAACAUUCAGCUUUAUGGUUGAGGCCAGAGAUCAAGGCACACCACCUUUAUCUAGCAAUGCCACAGUCAACGUCAUCAUAUUGGAUCAAAAUGACAAUACACCCUCAAUUAUAUCCCCCAAGGGUAGGAAUGGCACUGCCAGAGAACUUUUGCCCAGGUCUGCAGAGCCAGGCUAUUUGCUUACCCGUGUGGUAGCAGUGGAUGCAGAUGAAGGUGAGAAUGCCAGGCUGACCUAUAGUAUACUAAGUGGCAAUGAGAUGAGCUUGUUCCGUAUGGACUGGAGGACUGGGGAGCUAAGGACAUCUAGGAAGGUUACCACCAAGAGGGACCCAGAAAAACCAUUUGAUUUAGUAGUGGAAGCCAGGGAUCAUGGGCAGCCACCACUCUCUUCCACUGCCCUCAUCAAGGUUCAGAUAGUGGACAGCUCUGUAGAGAGACAGGGAGGAGACCAGCGGCCCAGCAGAUCAAAUGACACUGCUUUGGACCUCACUCUCAUACUCAUCAUAGCUCUUGGUUCAGUUUCCUUCAUCUUCCUCUUGGCUAUGAUAGUACUGGCCAUCAGGUGCCAAAAGGAAAAGAAACUAAACAUUUACAGCUGCCUUGCAAGCGACUGCUGUAUGUGCUGCUGUUCCUGCUGUAGCAGACAAGCCAGGGCUCGCAAGAAAAAGCUAAGUAAAUCUGACAUUAUGUUGGUGCAAAGUUCUAAUGUGCCCAGCUCUACACAGGUGCCAGUAGAGGAAUCUGGAAGUUUCGGGUCACAUCAUCACAACCAGAAUUAUUGUUAUCAGGUGUGUCUGACUCCAGAGUCUGCCAAGACUGAUCUUAUGUUUCUCAAGCCCUGCAGCCCUUCCAGGAGCACGGAUACUGAGCACAAUCCUUGUGGUGCUAUAGUGACAGGUUAUGCUGAUCAACAACCUGAUAUCAUAUCCAAUGGCAGCAUAUUGUCUAGUGAGAAUAAACAUCAACGCACUGAACUCAGUUAUCUAGUUGACAGACCACGACGGGUAAACAGCUCUGCAUUCCAGGAAGCAGACAUUGUAAGCUCUAAGGACAGUGGUCACGGCGACAGUGAACAAGGAGACAGUGAUCAUGACGCCACUAAUCGAGGUCAAUCCUCUGGCACAGACCUGUUUUCUAACUGCACAGAGGAGUGCAAGGCUCUGGGUCACUCGGACCGCUGCUGGAUGCCUUCGUUUGUACCAUCCACUGAUGGCCGCCAGGCGGCAGACUACCGCACUAAUCUUCAUGUGCCUGGUAUGGACUCGGUUCCGGACACUGAGGUGUUCGAAACACCCGAGGUGCAGCCAGGAGGGGAGAGAUCUUUUUCCACCUUCGGCAAAGAAAAGGCACUACAAGGGCUGGCAGGAGUGGGGAAUGGAAAUGGGAGCGGAGGAAACAUAACACAAGAAAGGAAAGAGCUGGAUGGUCUGCUCUCCGGUACCAGAGCGCCUUACAAGCCCCCAUAUCUGACACGGAAAAGAAUAUGCUAGUCAAAUCUACAGGACUUACCUGAAGCAGCAUGAUUUGCACAAGUUGACCAACAAAAGCAUCAACUUUUCAACUUCACUAUUGUGGCCAUCAAGUGGGAUAUGACAGAAGGAAUAUAAGUCUGCUGCUGAAGACAUGGCCAAAACUAGGACCUUACUGCUCUCAGCAGGCCUGAGAUAUGAGUUGAAAUGUGAAAAACUGUAGAAACUGUAAGUGGCAACUAACCUUGCCACUCUUAUCAGUGUGUGCCUGUUUACAGCACUAUAUAUCUUUCUUUCUCCAAAACGUCACUGAGCCCUUUAGAUGUUUAUAUACACCACAAGAAGCCAAUCGUACAGAUAGAACAUGUGCAUUAUAAAUGCGAUAUCACUGUUUUAAAAUCUUGACUGUUUUAUAUUAUUAUUAUUAUUAUUUUUCUCGGUGAUCAAGUGUUUCCUAAAUUACCCCAACUUUACAAGAAAAAUUGUGAUCAUGUUAUUUUCACCAGUGGGUAUUAAAAUGUUGUUUAUCUAUAGACCCACUAAAAUAUCAAAGACAUUAUGUAGUUUAUACACCUUGUUGCAAAGUGUUUACUGUACUAUUUCAAAGCUUCUAAAUAAAUAUAAGUAUAUAUAUAUAUAAAUAUAAAUAUAUAUAUAUAUUAUAAUUUUCUGAACAAGUGGUACAAUUAAGUUGCUUUAUAAAGGGAUUCAUAUAGCCCACAUUAUAAACACUAAGACAUAAUUCUGAUCCUAAAUAAUUUAUUCUUAAUGUAAUUAUUAAAUUAUGUUUCUUAAUGUUAGAUUUGGACCAAUUCCUGUUCAACCAGUUAAAAGAAGCUGUAAGCUACAUCAAUUUGUACGGAACUUUCAAUACCAAAGAUGCAGCUUUCCAGACUGAGCACUAUGACCUUUCAUGGCAUAUUUUGAUCUUCCUUAUUUUGACUUUGUGGCUAUUAAUUUUACUAUUAAAAAUGCGUUUUAUAAAAAAGAAAAAUAUAAAUUGAUCUGUAUAUGUUGUUAAAACACAACUCUGGUUAUUCUGUACAGUUUGAAAUUGUAAAAUAUGUAUCUGAAAAUAACUAUUUUGAAAAUUAGCCCCAAACCAUAUAACUUAUACGUAUCUUUCUCUAGCAUAGUUUUGUGGUAACAAAAAAAAUAUAUAUAUAUAUCUUCUAAUCCUGCCUAGAAAUGUUUUUUAUUAGAUCAUGAAACAUAGUGUUUUUCAACUCAUUUUUUUACACAGCAAAAUUUGAAAAUUAGGACCAUGUCACAUUAUUAAACACUUCAUUAUUAUCUCUGUCUAUGAUAAUAUUUUUCCAUGAUUUAAAUUGUAUAUAUAUAUAUAUAUAUAUAGAUAUAUAUAUGAAGAGAAGUAAUAUGUUUUAUUAAAGACUCAAGUGACUCAUAAGGACAAUCAUUAAAAAGGCAAUUAAACUUCCAUGUCAACAAAGUUCAGCUAUCAUAAAAAAAUAUUAAACAUGUGAUUUUUAUUUCUUUUAUUUUUCCAUAA